AUGAGCCUAGUAGACGACCUUAAGGGCCCUGAAGUCCGAAGCUGGACGACCGAUGAAGUAUGUGCGUGGUGCGCUGAAGUCUUGAGGGUCGAAGACGCCGACGCUUUGUCUGCCAUUGAAGACGCGGUACGAGAAAAUAACAUUGAUGGGCAAGUUAUAGGAGAUUUGACGCUAGAUGACUGUAAAUCCCUGGUCAAUGGGGACCGGCGGCUGGCCGUGCGGUUCAAAAUCGAGCUGAACAGGCUUCGGUCCAAGUCUCAAGAGGUGGACCAGACAGAGGAGAUAGCAGUGACGUUACAGCAGCUGUACGUGGCUGUCACGGAAAAAUUGCAGGAGUUUCAGUCGCAGUACUCGCGUCUGCGACUAGAUGUUAUGGAUGUGAUGAGGAAAGGAACGAUGCCAGUACAACAACAGCAGCAGCAGCAGCAGCAGCAGCUGUCGCAACAGCAACUCCAGUCGCUGCCGCAGGCAACGCAACUACCGCUGCAGCAUCCAAGUUCCUCGGCGUCAACAUCUAACCAGCCCCAGCACGACUACUUUGAAGGUCAUCGCGUUGUUACGAGCAGCUCUCCAGGGGCCACUGCGACUGUGACUCGCCAACCUGCCUUCAACAGGUCAACAUCGAGUGCUUUUACCGCUCAUGGCUCCGGAACUACACCAGGGACUCCUGGCGUAAGUUCUAAUGAACCUCUCAAGCACAUGCGUGCAUCCAAAGACGAUUCCUGCGAGAAAAUUCUCAAAAGCGCUAUGCGAAGACACAACUUGAAGGAACAGGAUUGGAAGCAGUACGUCUUAGUGAUCUGCUACGGCGACCAGGAACGAUUUUUGGAGCUAGACGAAAAACCCGUAACCAUUUUCAAGAACCUGAAGCAGCAGGGUCUUCAUCCUGCCAUCAUGCUAAGGCAACGUGGGGAUUUUGAGGAAGUCGGGGGUGGAUUGACCCCAGGAGGCAGACUUUAG